AUGGCGUCGGAAUAUAAGGAUUCCUCUGGUAGAAUUAGGUGUCCGUGUGUUAGAUGCAUAAACAAUAGGCUUGAAACUUUACCUAUGGUGAAAGCACACGUAUUCGAUUGGGGUUUUCAUCAAGGUUACGAGAAGUGGAUAUAUCACGGUGAAGCAGAAGCAGAUGUUGCCAAUGUGGUGGACGCCAACGAUGAUGAUGUUGAUGAGAUGAUUCCGAUGGUCGAAGACUUCCUUCUACCUACAACCGAAGAAGUUGAAAAUAAUCCUGCGGCGGGACAAUUUUAUGACGAUCUGUUUGACGAGAUAGAGGCUGAGUUAUAUCCUGGUUGUAAUUGGAUAUCUUCUCUUAACUUUUUAGCAAAAUUAUUGCAUUUGAAAGUUAGAGGCAAGAUUCCGAAUAAAAUCUUCGAUGAAUUACUGAAAUUACUAAAGCUUGCAUUUCCGAAGGGAAAUAAAAUUCCAUCAACCUACUACGAGGCUAAAAAAAGAUUACAGAAAUUAGGGUUAGGGUACGAGUCAAUUCAUGUAUGUGAACAUGACUGUUGUUUGUUUUACAAAGAGCAUUCAACUAAAGAGACUUGUCCAAUUUGCGGAAGUAGUAGAUGGAUUUCUCCUGAAAAAACGGAUGGAAAAAAGGUACCACAUAAGGUGAUGCGUUACUUUCCAUUGACUCCUCGAUUAAAAAGACUGUACAGUUCAAGACUUACAGCGAAACAAAUGUUAUGGCACUAUACUGGGAAAUCAAAAGACGAUGGGAUAAUGAGACACCCAGUGGAUGGGUUAGCGUGGAAGGAUUUCGAUGCCAAACAUCCUGAUUUUGCUAGUGAACCUCGGAAUGUUCGUUUAGGUUUAGCUGCAGAUGGUUUCAAUCCGUUUGGCAACAUGAGUCAAGCAUAUAGUAUGUGGCCUGUGGUGUUGGCUAACUACAAUCUUCCACCUUGGAUGUGUAUGAAAGAUAAUAAUUUCAUAUUAUCCAUUCUUAUUCCUGGACCAAAAUCACCGGGAAAGGACAUGGAUAUAUUCUUGAGACCAUUGGUGGAUGAGUUAAAGGAGUUGUGGGUUAAUGGUGUCGAUACAAGAGAUAGUAUAACCAACACUAUGUUCAAAAGAUUCCUUCCAAGUAACCAUCGAAUGAGAAGAGACACUCAAUUUGACGGACAAAUCGAGAGAAGACGUCCACCAAGACGUUUUACUUGUGAGGAAAUAUUAGAACAAGUAAACAAACUUGUACCACAAGUUCCUGGAAAACACGAGAUGUUUGGAGGUGUCAAACGUAGGCGUAUUGCAGAAGAUCAAAAUUGGAGGAAGAAAAGCAUAUUUUAUGAGCUUGAUUAUUGGUCUUCGAACACUUUAAAACACAACAUUGAUGUCAUGCAUGUGGAGAAGAAUGUGUGUGAUAGUUUGUUAGGCACAAUCUUGGAUAAUGAUAAAUCCAAGGACACCACUAAUGCAAGACAUGAUUUGAAAAAGUUUGGAGUAAGGGAAUCGUUGUGGAUAUAUGAAGAUGACAACGGAAAGUUAAUGAAGCCUCAUGCCCCUUAUGUUCUCACAUCUGAUCAAAGAAUGCAGUUUUGUAAAUUUAUUCGAGAUGUGAAAUUUCCAGAUAAUUUUUGUUCCAAUUUAAAGAAGAAAGUAAAUGCUGAUUUAACAAAUAUCAGCGGUUUAAAGUCCCACGACAGUCAUGUAACAAAAAUACAAGUAUUUUAUCUCGAUGAUUUACUUAGAGGAAAUCAGUGGAAAGUGGUUGAGGGGGUAAACCAUCGACAAAUUUGGGACGUCGAGAACUGUGAAGCUAAUUCAGACAUUGAUGUGGUACAUGAUAUUAGCUCAUCAAAUUUUGUGUUGACUGUGGAUCUCGGCGAGUUGGUUAUGCUACCUACUCAAAAUUCGAUUGACAUUAGUACAAUACAAAAUUUAAAUGUUAGUCAAGAGGAUCACGAGUUAGGCGAUGAAGAAGCAAAUGAAGAAUUAGAUGAAGAAGAUGAUUUACUAAUUGAUUUUUGUGAAGAUGAUGUUAAUGCUAAUUUAGUUAAUGAUGGAAGUGAUAGUGAUUAUUAG